AUGCCCUCCAUAAAGCUACAACCACACUGCGCAAGUCCGCCAAAGACGACUACAACUGCCUCAACGCCGAAUAACCCUCUCCCAACACUUCUUCAAACACCCUCGGGCCUAGCCCUUCUCGAGCUUCAGGGCACAAUCAAUAUCCCCUCGGGGAAUGAAGAGGAUGACUUAGACUACUCUACCUCUACGGACAAUCCGGCAUCCACCUUCGAAACCCCGAUCGGAAAACUCAUGUUCCCUGACUACUCGGUCCACAACCCAGACGACACGAGAUGGAUGAAGCGCGCUUACUUGUAUGUCGGUCGGUAUCAGCGGAUGACUGGCGAAGUAAAGAAGCUCCCGCGACCGAUUGCUGUGCUACAGAAACGUCAGGCGUCGGAGGUCGAGGAACUGGAGGUUGUGGAGAUUGUGCGCUAUAAGAUCUUCUUCAAGAGUCGGCCGGAACCCGUGACUAAUGUUUGA